AUGUCGAUUGUAGUGAAUACACAGAUCCAAUUUCCUGGAACUCGUCCAAAAAUUAAAGUUCAUCACGUAACAGAUACAUCUGCUAAAAUUGACACAACUCCGUUUUGGUUCGAUCAAAUCGAACCUAUUGAUCGAAGAAAGAUUUGUCUUCCAACAAAUUACGAUUCAGUUUCACCGAUCGAUUAUCAAACUAUCGAUUGUCUUUCAAGAUAUAGAACAAUGGAAAGUAAAAAAUCAUUAAAUUUUGUUAAUGAUCCAUUUCAAGGUACUGUAAAUGAUUCAGAGACACUUGUUAUUGCACUUAACGAUGUUGUACAACAAUGUAAUGUAAACUUAAGUUUUACAAAUGGAAACUUUAAAUAUGAUGAUAGUGAUUAUCGUAUAGCAUGUGGUAUUGCUGAUCUUGGAAGUAUACAUUCACUUAUAGCAUCAGGUGACAAUAUUCAAACUGCAAAAUUCCAGUUUCGUUUCAAUUUAAAAUAUGAUGAUAUUGUAAAAACUAAUGAAACUGUACAAAAUUUUAUUUUAAGGCUUUUAAAUGCUAUCGCAGAAAUUAUACAAUGUCAAACACAAUUUGUUCGUGUAUUUUCAUUAGACAAAAAUACUUCAGACGAAAUAUCUGUACAAUUUGGUGUCACAGCUCCGCAACAAAAUGACACGAAAAUUUUCGCUGAAAAUUUAAAUAAGAAAGCGUCUGGUUUAUCGCAACAAAAUAAUGUAUUAUCUUAUGUUAUACCAGACAAUUAUAAAUAUGUCCUUGAACCAGCAGUUAGUCAUUUACAAUUACAAAAAUCAGAUUUUGAUCCAAAAUAUAACAUGGAUUAUAGAAAUUAUCAUACGGAAGAAGAUCAACGAGGUAACCGACCAUACUAUUUCCCUAUUGGGUGGUAUAGACAUGCAUUGAAUGUUAAAGAUAAAUAUCCGAAUGAUGAGUUAUGGUUAGGAAUGAAGAAUUCAUCUGGUGAAUGGUCUGUUGCAUACCAUGGAACGAGAGCAGAGGCAGUAAAAGAUAUAACACGUGAAGGUUUGUUAAAUUCAAAGACUAGAAAGGAUGCUUGUAAGCAAGAAGCUAUAAAUCAAGUUGGAUCUAUUGCUGCUGGUAAUGGUAUUUAUCUUGCAACACAUUGUCAAGGUGGUGCAGAUAUGUAUACAACAACCUUCCAAGUCAAAAACAAAAACGGUAGAGAGGUACGUUACAAAACUGUAUUUCAAUGUCGAGUACAACCUGACAAGUUUACGGAGCAUGAUUUUCCUGUCUGUUCGGGAAAAGCUUUACGAGUUUAUGAUGAGAAGGCCAUUAGACCUUACGGUAUUCUGAUAAAAGAAGAAGAAUGA